AUGAAUGAAGAUCUGAAGGUUAAUUUGAGUUGGCUGCCUCAGGAUCAUGUAGAAGCCAGCUCUGCCGAGAAUGCCUCAGCCACAGGCUCCUCCCUGGUUCCUGUCGUAGACCCAGAGCCAGAGCUUUUGGUAAACCCCUGGGACAUUGUCUUGUGUACUUCAGGGACUCUUAUCUCCUGCGAAAAUGCCGUUGUGGUUCUUAUCAUUUUCCAUAAUCCCAGCCUUCGUGCCCCCAUGUUCCUCCUGAUAGGCAGCCUGGCGCUGGCAGAUCUCUUAGCGGGCAUUGGAUUGAUCAUCAAUUUUGUCUUUGCAUACCUUCUGCAAUCAGAAGCUACCAAACUGGUCACAAUUGGACUGAUUGUUGCCUCUUUCUCGGCGUCUGUGGGCAGCUUGCUGGCUAUCACUGUUGACCGAUACCUCUCCCUGUACUACGCCCUGACUUACAAUUCAGAGAGGACUGUCACUUUUACCUAUGUCAUGCUCAUGUUGCUCUGGGGAGCAUCCAUCUGUAUCGGACUGCUGCCUGUCAUGGGCUGGAAUUGCCUCAGAGACGAAUCCACCUGCAGCGUUAUCAGACCGCUCACUAAAAAUAACGCAGCUGUCCUUUCGGUCUCUUUCUUGCUCAUGUUUGCCCUCAUGCUGCAGCUCUACAUUCAGAUCUGUAAAAUCGUGAUGCGCCAUGCCCAUCAGAUUGCCUUGCAGCACCAUUUCCUGGCCACUUCCCACUAUGUGACCACCCGAAAAGGAGUGUCUACUUUGGCCAUUAUUUUGGGGACUUUCGCUGCUUGCUGGAUGCCUUUUACACUCUAUUCUUUAAUAGCAGAUUACAGCUAUCCUUCUAUAUACACCUAUGCCACUCUCCUGCCAGCCACCUACAAUUCCAUCAUCAAUCCUGUAAUUUAUGCUUUUAGAAACCAGGAGAUACAGAAAGCACUUUGGCUCGUCUGUUGUGGCUGUAUUCCUUCUAACCUGUCUCAGAGGGCAAGAUCACCCAGUGAUGUCUGA